AUGGCACGCGCAAACGCUAGACUGAUUAGGUUUGGAAUCUUCGCCUUGGUGCUGGUGUUCUGCGGCUACAUCCUGACCAAGGGAUCGUCGUCGUCGUACACCAUUUCCCCAGGCCUUGCGCCAGCGGCCGGCUCGACCGGGUCGACCGCUAACGACGCCUUGUCGAGUAUCGCCCAGCCGGCCCAGCCGGCCCAGCCAACGGCCGAAAAGGAUGUUGACAGUGCCGUUAGCAAGCCCAAGGAGACUUCUGACGUUGCUGCUCCUGCUCUCGGUGGCAAAGAAAGAGCAACCUUUGUUUCUCUGGCCAGAAAUCAGGAUCUUUGGGAGCUGGUGGGCUCGAUCAGAGAAAUUGAAGACAGAUUCAACUCGAAAUUCCAUUACGACUGGGUUUUCCUGAACGACGGCGAGUUCAGCGAGGAGUUCAAGAAAGUCACCUCCUCCUUCUGCUCUGGAAAGACCAAGUACGGACAGAUCUCCAAGGAACAAUGGAGCUUCCCUCCUUGGAUUGACACCGACAAGGCCGCACAGGUGCGUGAGGAAAUGCGUGAGAAGAAAAUCAUCUAUGGUGACUCCAUCUCAUACAGACACAUGUGUCGGUACGAGUCUGGAUUUUUCUUCAGACACCCUCUGCUGGAGGAGUACGACUACUACUGGAGAGUUGAGCCGGGUAUCAAGAUCUACUGCGAUGUCGACUACGACGUUUUCAAGUUCAUGAGAGAAAACAAGAAAUCGUACGGCUGGACCAUCUCGCUGCCAGAAUACAAGGAGACCAUUCCUACGCUGUGGAAGACCACCAAGGAGUUCAUCAAGGAAAACCCUCAAUACAUUGCCCACGAUAACCUGAUGGAGUGGAUCUCAGAGGACGGCGGAAGUAGCUACAACGGCUGCCACUUCUGGUCCAACUUCGAGGUCGGUUCUCUCGACUUCUGGAGAAGUGAAGCAUAUCUCAAAUAUUUCGAGUAUCUCGACAAGGCUGGCGGCUUCUUCUACGAGAGAUGGGGAGACGCACCGGUGCACUCGAUUGCCGUCGCUCUGUUCAUGCCAAAGGACCAGGUGCACUUCUUCAACGAUAUCGGCUACUACCACGUUCCGUUCCACAAUUGUCCUAUCGAUGAGACGAUCCGGAAAGAGAAGAAAUGCAUGUGUGCUCCUACUGACGAUUUCACAUUCAGGCCGUACAGCUGCACGUCCAAGUUCUACAAUCUCAUGGGACUCAAGAAGCCGGACGGCUGGGAGAAUGAUGCUACGCCGCGCGAGCCUGCCGAAUUGGCGAAGACGUUGCUGGUGCUCGAGGAGGGGGCCAGGGACUGUCUACAGUCCAAAGAUUACAUCUCGUUUUUGACAAUCCUGGACGUUUACAUAGGUGAACCCAAUCUGUACAGCGAACAGGAACGCGAGCAGAUACUUCAAAAGCUGCUGGACAUUUUCACCCGUCACCAUGAAAUUCUGUAUGAAAUUGGCUGGGAUCUGCCUGUGCUUCUUCUCAAAUUCUGCCACGUGGAUCACAUGCCACGUCCGUUGGUCGAAGUCAAGUCGCUCGUGUACAUUAUGAAGAUUUUCGACACAUUGGCACAUUAUGGCAAUCCGAAGGAGCUACUAUUGACCGGGUGCGAAAUCAUACGCGACCUCAGACUCGACCUAGAUGCGGCCGAGACCGAACCAAGCGAGACUGCCAACCCGUCGCUCAUUGUGAGACCCCAUGAAGGAAUCCGUACGAUCAAGUUCCACCUGAUGCUGGAGCUGGUGAAUACCAGUUUACGCCGCAAUCAGACCAUAUAUCCAUCAAAGUUCCUGGGAAUGGUUGUUUCUGCCUUGGUGAACUUUAUGAAGAAUCCAGACCAGCCUAUGACCGAUCUCUCCGUCGCACGUCGCGUCUACACGUUCACUAGAGAUUACAUCCCGCCGGACAUCCCAAACACAAAUACGGACUCGAUACAGGACCUGACAAAGCUGGUUGAUCAGGAAAAUUACCUCCAGCGGAAACUGCUGCUGCUGCUUUUGUCUGUGGCGGCCGAAACAGCCUCUGCUACGUUGGCUUUGGAACUGCUUUCGGCAGUGUAUCCGAAUGUCCGACCAAUGAAAGAUGGUGACCAUGUUCUCUCGCUCGAGUUUCUGGGACGCUUUGUGAGUCUGUCAAUGUGUAUGGAUGUGGAGCUGGAUAAGUCUUUCGGCGAGGAAAUCUGCAAGGCAGAAAAAGUGUUUGAAAAUGCUGCAAUAAGCGAGAACGAGGAUAUUUUCAAACUUGUUAUUGAGAACUACAACUCGACAGAGUUCAGACAAAAAGACCCGGAGACAAUUCCCGUUUCUGCCGUCGCUUCUAUUGUGCUCUACACGUUUAGUCGGUUUGUGGAGGGAACGCAAUACAAAACUCCGUUGCCGUCGUUUUUGCAACUGGUCAAGCUACAAUUGUGCAUCCUGGUCCCGUAUCUGAUGAGCACCACCAAUGUGCACGGAGGAGCCAUUGUAAGUCUGGUGAUCUUAAGCAUGUCGGUGCUCGAGAAGGAAGGGUUUGAGUACACCAAGGAAGAGAAAACUCUUAUUCUGGGCUAUCUUCAAAGUCUGUCUUCUCUGUGUCUUGAGUUCUCUGACCCCAACAUCCGCAAACUGUUCUACUCGCUAACAAUGAAAGUGCUGAUCAACCUGAAAGAGCAAGACGCUUACGACUUUGUGAUCGACACCCUGGAGAACUGCUCUGCGGAGUCUGUGAGAACGUCCAUGAUUGGAAUUCUCAAAGACCUCUUUCUCCGCACAAAACCAGCUCCGGUGGAAAAGCAAAUGGAAAAUCUGCAGCUCUCUGCUCCUUCGUUGCCACCUCGCGAGUUUAAAUACAUCACAUUCACACAGGAGCGCGGGAACAAGAUUCUGCAGCUGCUGGACACCGCAAUAGAGGAAACGUUUGCGGAGGAAACUGUGGACCCGGUCAUAUGCAAUACGUUACUGGCGUACAUCAACCUGAUCCUGUCGGUCAAAAAGUUCAACAAGGGCGAUAUUCAAGAGCGUGUCAGCACCAUCAGGAGCCGCCUGUCAAAACUGGACUCGUCGCACCAACAGCUCGUCUACUUGAUCGAGUUCAGCAUCGACAAGGCUGCAGAAUUCUAUAAAAUAUAAUUAUUCUGUUUAUAGCCACUAAU